AUGGUAAUGCAGUUUCAGGGGUUAGAAUAUCCAAUUCAAAGUAGUCCUUGCCAUAGCCACACAUCAUCAGGAUUUGUCAUGGAAAUGAUGAGCAUGAAGCCUGAUAAAGGUGUACUAACAGAACAAGCAGCAGGUCCUUUGGGACAGAAUCUAGAAGUGGAACCAUACUCACAAUACAACAAUGUUCCAUUUCCCCAAGUUCAACCACAGAUUUCCUCAUCGUCCUAUUAUUCCAACCUGGGUUUCUACCCCCAGCAGCCUGAAGAGUGGUAUUCUCCUGGAAUAUAUGAACUCAGGCGAAUGCCAGCUGAGACUCUUUACCAGGGAGAGAUUGAGGUAGCAGAGAUUCCUGUAACAAAAAAGGCUCGAAUGGGUACAACAACGGGGAGAAUAAAAGGGGAUGAAUUAUGUGUUGUUUGUGGAGACAGAGCAUCUGGAUACCAUUAUAAUGCGCUGACCUGUGAGGGGUGCAAAGGUUUCUUCAGGAGAAGCAUUACCAAAAAUGCCGUGUACAAGUGUAAAAAUGGGGGCAACUGUGUGAUGGACAUGUACAUGCGAAGAAAGUGCCAAGAGUGUCGCCUAAGGAAAUGCAAAGAGAUGGGAAUGUUGGCUGAAUGUAUGUAUACAGGCUUGUUAACUGAAAUUCAGUGUAAAUCUAAACGACUAAGAAAAAAUGUGAAGCAGCAUGCAGAUCAGACCAUUAAUGAAGACAGUGAAGGUCGAGAUUUGCGACAAGUGACCUCGACGACUAAGUCAUGCAGGGAGAAAACUGAACUCACCCCAGAUCAACAGAAUCUUCUUCAUUAUAUUAUGGAUUCGUAUAGCAAACAGAGGAUGCCUCAGGAAAUAACAAAUAAAAUUUUAAAAGAAGAAUUCAGUGCAGAAGAAAAUUUUCUCAUUUUAACUGAAAUGGCUACCAGUCAUGUACAGAUUCUUGUAGAAUUCACAAAAAAACUUCCAGGAUUUCAGACUUUGGACCAUGAAGAUCAAAUUGCUUUGCUGAAAGGGUCUGCAGUAGAAGCUAUGUUCCUCCGUUCAGCUGAGAUUUUCAAUAAGAAGCUUCCAGCUGGACAUGCUGACCUAUUGGAAGAAAGAAUUCGGAGGAGUGGUAUCUCUGAUGAGUAUAUAACACCUAUGUUUAGUUUUUAUAAAAGUGUUGCAGAAUUGAAAAUGACUCAAGAAGAGUAUGCUCUGCUUACAGCAAUUGUUAUCCUCUCUCCAGACAGACAAUACAUAAAGGACAGAGAGGCAGUAGAGAAGCUUCAGGAACCACUGCUUGAUGUGCUACAAAAGCUGUGCAAGAUUUAUCAGCCUGAAAAUCCUCAACACUUUGCCUGUCUCCUGGGUCGACUGACUGAGUUGCGGACAUUCAAUCAUCACCAUGCCGAGAUGCUGAUGUCUUGGAGAGUAAAUGACCACAAAUUUACCCCACUUCUCUGUGAAAUCUGGGAUGUGCAGUGA